AUGGCCUUCAAAGACAUAGCAGAACCAAAGCAGUUUUGUAAACUUUAUGCUCUAUCUAAGAAGGUAGAACUUGUUGUGGUGAAGAGUGAUAAAAACAGAUUGAGGUACACAUGUGCUGCUGAUGGCUGUCCAUUGUUACUUCUUAUUUCUGGGGAUAUGACUACUCUUGGUUACUCAACAAUAGCCUUGUAUUUUAAGGACAAAUUGCAAAGUGACCCCACGUACAAGGUCAAACAAAUGAAGGCUGAUAUACAUAGAGUUUUUGAGCUCAAUGUUAGUGAAGCAAAGUGCAAGAGAGCCAAAAAGGAGAUAUUGGAGAGUUUAGAAGGAAGCUUUGAAGACUCUUACAACAAAUUAGAGGGUUAUGCUACUGAAUUGAGAAGUUGUAAUCCAGGGUCUGACAUUGUGAUAAAUUUGUCUAAAGAGACAUUAUCUAAUGGUAAGAGAAAAUUUCUUAGGAUGUAUAAUUGUUUCAAGGCAAUGAAGCUGGGUUUUAAGUCUGGGUUAAGACCACUGAUUGGGUUAGAUGGUACAUUCCUUAAAGGAAAGGCUAAGGGACAAGUAUUGCGUGUUGUUGGUCAGGAAAGUAAUAACUCUUUCUACCCUCUAGCUUGGGCUGUGGUAGAUAAAGAGACUAAGAGGACUUGGACAUGGUUUAUGCAACAUUUGCAACAUCCCCUUGAGCUACAAAAUGGUGAAGGACUGACAUUCAUAUCAGAUAUGCAGAAGGCAAAUUGGUGCAGAAGAUGGGGAAAAUGUGAGCUGAAAAAGUUGCUAUGGUGGGCUGCAUGGUCAUCAUUUACAGAGGAGUUUGAGGACCAACUUCAAGAGAUCAAGGAAGUUAAUGGAGAGGCUGGACAAGAUUUAAUACACAAGUAUCCUCCAAAAGCAUAUUGCAGAGCCUAUUUAGAUACAGUGUGCAAAAAUCAGGCUGUGGACAAUAACUUUACUGAAUCAUUCAAUGCCUGGAUACUUGAAGCAAGGUACAAGCCAAUUAUUGGAAUGUUGGAAGACAUCAGGGUCAAAAUAAUGGAGAGGUUGGCAGCAAAAGAGGUUGUUGUGAGGAAGUGGAAAGAUGAUGGGUUUAGUCCCAAAAGUGAGUUGUUGUUUAAUGAGUAUUUGAAGAUUUCCAAGGUUUGUAAGGUGAGUGACAAUGGGGAUAAUGGUUAUGAGGUUACUGCAAGUGCAAAUAGACACAUUGUCAACUUAAGAGAGAAAAAAUGCACAUGCAGAACAUGGGAUUUGACUGAAAUUCCAUGUCCACAUGCAAUUAAGGCCAUGGAGCACAAGAAAAUGAUACCAAAAAAAAUAAAUUCAUUGGUAUUAUAG